AUGGUCUGGGCCGGCUGGCCUGCGCCUGGGCUGUGGGCGGCCGGCUGCGGGCUGCUGCUCCUCGCCGUACUUCUGCUCCUGAGUCCCCGCAGCUGCCGGGUGCGGCGGGGCCUCCGCGGCCUGCUCAUGACGCGCAGCCAGCGGCUGCUCUUCCGAAUCGGGUACAGCCUGUACACCCGCACCUGGCUGGGGUACCUCUUCUACAGACAGCAGCUGCGCAGGGCCCGGAAUCGCUACCCCAAAGGCCACUCCAAAACCCAGCCCCGCCUCUUCAACGGAGUGAAGGUGCUUCCCAUCCCCGUCCUCUCGGACAACUACAGCUACCUCAUCAUAGACACCCAGGCCGGGCUGGCUGUGGCUGUGGACCCCUCAGACCCUCGAGCUGUGCAGGCUUCCAUUGAAAAGGAGGGAGUUACCUUGGUUGCCAUUCUCUGCACCCACAAGCACUGGGACCACAGUGGAGGGAACCGUGACCUCAGCCGUCGGCACCGGGACUGUCGGGUGUACGGGAGCCCUCAGGACGGCAUCCCCUACCUCACCCACCCUUUGUGUCAUCAAGAUGUGGUCAGUGUGGGACGGCUCCAGAUCCGGGCCCUGGCCACUCCUGGCCACACACAAGGCCAUCUGGUCUACCUGCUGGAUGGGGAGCCCUACAAGGGACCCUCCUGCCUCUUCUCAGGGGACCUGCUCUUCCUCUCUGGCUGUGGACGGACCUUUGAGGGUACCGCAGAGACCAUGCUGAGCUCGCUGGACACUGUGCUGGGGCUGGGCGAUGACACCCUCCUGUGGCCUGGUCACGAGUAUGCAGAGGAGAACCUGGGCUUCGCUGGCGUGGUGGAGCCCGAGAACCUGGCCCGGGAGAGGAAGAUGCAGUGGGUGCAGAGACAGCGGAUGGAGCGCAGGAGCACGUGCCCGUCCACCCUGGGAGAGGAGCGCUCCUACAACCCAUUCCUGAGGACCCACUGCCUGGCACUGCAGGAGGCUCUGGGGCCAGGCCCGGGCCCCACAGCAGACGAGGGCUGCUCCCGGGCCCAGCUCCUGGAGGAGCUCCGAAGGCUAAAGGACACGCACAAGAGCAAGUGAUGCCCCCAGUCCACCCCAGCCAGCCUCCCUGCAGUGGGGAGGCUGCCCGUCACCUGCACAUCACUGUCCUCCUCAUGGCUACCACCACCACCUCCACCUGCGCCCCCAGUGGGCAUCGUCCCCUCCCCACUGGUCGCGGGGAGGGGAAGGGCAAGGUGAUGAGAUCAAGAGUGGCCAAAGGCUGGGAGACCCCACAGAGUGAGGCUGGUCAUCAAGGGUGACAAGAAAGGAAGGACGUUGGAACAUCUCCAGACCCUGCUACUAGGAGGUCCCUCUCUGUUCCUGCACUCCUGGGCCAGCAGGGAAAUGUGGAGGCUACUGUCAGCCCCUUCCCCAGGAGGCCUGGCUUUCACUGUAGCCCCAGACUAGGGCGGCAGGAACCAUGACCAGGCUAAGUCCAUCUUCUGCCUUUGCCCCAUCAAGAUUGAGGGACAGACUCUUCCCAGUAAAAUGGUGUCAGGUAUGGUGCCUUGGGAAAGUGGUCACUGCAAGGCUACCUGCUCUGGGUCACUAGGCCUCUGCCCCUCCUCCCAGCCUCUCACCCACCCUACCUUGCCAAGGCCUUUGCAGGCAGAGCCAUUCCAGAACCCCAAGGGCCUGGAAGUCUGUCUCUAAUCUCAGCCUCCGUGGGCCCCCGGCAGCCUAGAAGCAGGAGGGUCCUGGUUGCCAAGGAAACCUCUGCCUUAGGCUGAGGAGACCCCGGAUGCUGAGAUGCAGAGCCUGACCGCCUGGCCAGCCACAGCUCCCUACAUAUCUGGCCUGGGCCUGUCUGCUGGCCUCUGCCCCUGCCGUGGGCCCCAAGGGCUUCCCAGAGGAGAGAGAGCCACAGUCUGCCUCUGACCAGUGCAGUUCCCUCCUUUUGGCCCUUGCUCUUGGGAAUUUCUGCCUGCCUUCUUCUGUCUAACUUAAUCUCCCUUGCUGUAUCCUCAACCCCUCUCCUCUUUUGAAUUCGUAAGGAUUUGGUUUGGGGCCCUGACAUUCAUCUUGGCAGUUUGCCAAGAACUUCCAUUCCCGUGAUUCCCACUGGCCCCUUGGCCCCUCCCUGGCAGGGAGGAGGGCUCUGCAGCAGAAUGCAGAAGUGUGGGAGCCGGGGAGGCCUCCAGGGCCCUGGGCUGGGCCCUCACCCUCUGCUCCCCCCUCCUCUAGCUCUGCUUCUCCUCUAGUCUCGGGUCCAGGUCCCUUUGGGGCCUAGAGAGGCACCCUCUGGUCCUCCAGCAGGCGUACCUGGAGUCAGCCAGGAGCCUUCUCUUCAAGUGUCAAAGCCUUGCCUCGGGCUCUCCUCACCGCUCAAGACCUUGAGAUGCCCCCUACCCUCUCUUUCCCCUCCCCAUCGGGCCUCCCUGCCCUCUGCAGCCACAGCCCCUGGAACAACUCUAGCAAUACCACCAGACUGGUUAGCAGUCUGCGCCCGAGACACAGUUUCAUGCCUCUGUGCCUUCGCUCACGCUGUUUCUUUGAACCGGAAUGCCUUCCCCCGCUCCCCUGCCUCAGCUGCCUGGCAAACACCUGUUCAUCUCCCCCAGAGCCCUCCCCCCCUCAAGGCACCCAUGCUCCUCCUCCCCAGGCUACCUCUGCACUUUGUAAAUGCUUCUCUCUCUCUCUCUCUCUCUCUGUCUGUCUCUGUCUCUCUCUCUCUCAGCACUUAUCAUACCCUAUUUUACUUGUUUACACGUUUGUCUCCCCUUCUAGACUGUGAAUCCUUAAGGGCAUGGACUGUAUCUUAUGCAUCUCUGUAUUUCUGCGCCUAGCACGGUGCCUGGCACAACA